AUGAUUCAAAUUACAAUUGAUGUCAUUCUUGAAGAUCCAACACUCUGUGUUGUCCAACUUUAUACUCAAGUAAGUUCUCAGACCGUCUUUGCUUUGCUGUCAGACGGCUCUUUGGCAGUCCUAUACCCUAACGAUAACAAUGCACUUGUUCUGGCUUCCAAGACAUCUAUGGCAAAUCAGCUUCCAGUGGAUAUUCUUAGGAAAGUGAUUACCACAGAUGAAGGACAAGUUCAGGUUCCUAUUACUGCACUUGCUUGCCAUCCCUUUGUAGAGAAUUUAGUGGUUGUCGGAUUUAAAGAUGCCUCAUUUUCUAUCUGGUUUCCGACUGAUUCUGACCCCAGCUAUAAGACGGAACUUCACCAGGAGGAGCUUUGUCUCAUCAAAUGGCUUUCACACGGUCGAAUAUUGGUCACCUGUGAUGUCUCCGGCCAAGUUAUCCUCUACAAGUUCUCGACAGACACCUACUCCUUCGAGUCUAUUACAAAAACUAGAAAAUCAGGUCAUGUAGUUGAUAUUGUUGAACGCACGUGUUGCACUGACAAUAUAAUAUAUAGUAUUGACCAGGAGCACAGCGAUCACCCCAUUGAUGUUUCCAACUACGCUGGAGUCGGGUUAUGUGAGUUCAUUGUUAUGUGGUCUAAGGGGGAUGUAGCAGUCCUUACAGACAACGGAGUUAUUCGACAUAUAGGGACGGUGAAUCUGUCAGCUGGACAUGCCCUACUCUAUAAGUUAUAUUACUGGAGCUGUAGCGACACCUGCUGUGCUAUUUCUACAUCUGGCGAUAUGUUUCUGUUUGGCUUCAAAACCCUUGCUGUCGGCGCAUAUAAAGAUAUUCUAGCAAAAUAUAAGAUAGAGUAUAAAAGAGAGAAUGGGAUUGUUCAGCUUCCCGCCACUAAGAUUGCAUAUAUGGCCCCCUCCGAUGGCCAGCUCCGUGUCCUCAGUUUGCUGACUCAGGAAGUUGCAUACAUUGACCUGGAGGAUCACAUUGAAAACUUUGUCGGCGUCAACGGUGGAUUGGCAGUGAUCAGGGACUAUGGCAUACUGAUACCCUUGCGGGGCAAGAAUGGCUAUGCAGUUGUAUCUUGCCACCGCAGCACAGGCUCUUGUGACUCUAACGGUAAUGAAGGGAUGCAUAUUCUUGCUGCCUCUGAUCAUUAUCUUCAUGCCAACGAUAUGAGAUUUGCAAGGGUACAGGAUUCUAAUGGUCCAAGUUCUGGUCCUAGAAUACGCCCUGGAAGCGAUGAGUUUAUCGUAACUGAGCAACACUUCCUUCACGCAGAAAACCCUAGAUGCAGCUAUGCGAAUAUCUACAUGAGUCAGAUCGUUGUAGGGGACAAUAGCUUCUCACAGACCAUGAUAACAAACUACUCCAUUACUAAUAGGAACGUCGUCUCUAACAAGAUGCUUCCUAUCUUUCACGACGAGGGUGGCAAGCCGAUCAACUUGCCGCCUGGAUUCUCCCCAGAAACAGCUUCCACUCCAGAGGGUGUGGAUGACGCAACCAUUGAUUCGUUUAGUGCAGAAAUUAUCUCGUCCAGAGGUAAGUUCGUCUCUCUAUUGCUAUUCUCUUUUGAACCGAAGGAUAUGCAGGUAGCCUAUGCCAAUAACACUAACAGCGCCAUCAUGGCUCAGGAUUUAACCGGAGAGGGUUUGACACACAUGAAGUUUUUGGAUCAAAAGUUCACUGACAGCAGGAACAGCUUCAUCAGCGCAGUCUUAAUAGGAGCUAGAAUAAUUAAGGUCAGUGUCAACACAAACGCCAAUCUCUUGCAAGAGCAUACUCUGGAAAUAAAGCAUCCUAUUAAAAAGAUUUCUAUUCUGACAAAUCCUCUUACAUCAGUUUCUUCAGACAAUUUAUCUGGAUUUGUCUUGGCUUUUGGGGAUAACGUGUUUACCGUUUUUGAGGUUGCCAUUGGAAAGGUGCCUCACCUGGCGGGGUCCUUUAAACUGGAUGAGCGAUACACCUAUGUCGCCGACUGUGUUCUUUAUGGGAGGUACAUCCUUGCUUCCCAAAACUCUCGUGCGGAUCUGGAGUCGGAUUAUCUCAAGGUUGAGAUAGUCAAGUAUAGUAUUACGGGGAGCAAGGCAGGAUCACUGGUCCUUAGUGAUGACCCAACUCACGGAGCCACUGUCGAACGUAUUGCACGCAUGACUCUCGUUAACCAGCACCUUUUUAUGAUCAAUAACAAUUUAUCUCUUUUCUACACCGAUUGUAAGACCUUUAAUUCAGUAGUGAAGAUAACGGAUAUAGGGCAGUUGAUGUUUAAUACAAACAUAUACUGUGCCUACCUAGAAGAAGAAGACCUGGAUGAUAUCCAUCUAUCUACUCCUGAUACCGGUUCACCUGCGGUAGAGGCAGAAGAGAGUCCCCAGCGUCAGACCAGGGAGGAAAAGAUCAAGGAUUUACUGCUAGUGGAGAACACGAUGCAAAUUAACCAACAGCUACAUGAUCGCAUAAAGCAGGAGAGGAAAGAACAAAACGUUAUCUCAGUGUAUACAACCUUGCCUACUCUCAUUCCCCUGGACACUAUCUGUGUGCAGUCAUGUAAUGCGACGAUCACUCUAGAUAACGCUCACCACGUGCUAUUCACUGUAGUGUUUAAGGGGUACAAUGUGGUCACAGGCCUUCCAUGUUUGCUGCCAUACGUAGUUGCAUUGUCAAUAGACACAAAGAUACUUGGGGAGAUGAUAAGUGCGGGGUUGACAGCUACGCCUUCACAGCCCACUGAGAAGGUUGGGAGCCGGCCUACGACUGGAUCCGAUGGAGGCUCUGCUGUCCUCAAGUCGCGCAUCUUUGACAUGGCACCGUACACCGUCACUAAUGCCAUACCUGAUUGCUUUGGAAAUAUUGGUCUCGAGCUAGUGCUAUCGACCUCCCUGAAUCUCCUCUUUGUCGGCUCGAGCAUGCUUUUCGCACUAAAAACAGGCACUUUCACAAAGCGGGCGCUAAGCUCCAAGAAUCUCUCCGCUUAUCUCAGCUGGUUGGACUCUAAAGAGAAAGGAUCCCAAAGAAAUGCCGAUCUUGUCUUUCAGCAAGAGAAAUAUGAGGACCAGAUCUCUCUACUCCAAAGCAUAUACAUCUCCUCUGAGCAGCGGGCUAAGGUCCCAUUGCUAGUCCAAUCACUUGCUGAGACCACUAUUUCCAUGAAUGACCGCAUUAAAGGGAGCUGGCUUGACUUUAACGACAAAAUCUUCCUUUCAAUACAAGGUGUCUUUGCUCCCUAUGUCAAUUCAAAGUUAGAGACACUUAUGCAACCAUUGUCCUCGACCAUGUUGACCCUUUUAUCUCCAGCUUUCGUUUUUUCUGAGCGUAGUGGAAAGUCGGAAAAACCACGCACUUCUAACUUUGUCUCCAUUAAUUCUGACCGUUUAACAAUCAAGAACUUAACAGCUCUGGGAAGCAGUAAGAAAACUGGCUUUCAGCAAUCGUGCACUGCGACGUAUGCACUUAACAAAUUCACCAUUUGCAGUAGUAACGGUCAGCUUGCAGAGGCGUAUUCCCACGUAUUGGUUAGUGAGAACCUUCACGUUUGGCGCUCCUUAGCGACACUGUGCAUCCAGAAUGGCUAUGUUGAUCUUCUAAAGACAUGCACGACGCACCUCAAGUCUCCCAUAUUGUCCCUUCUGAUGCGCCUAGUUACAAAUCGCAAGCGUUCGGAUGCAGCUGACACAGGCCAGGAUCAGUUGAAAACCAAACUUGCUCCGCAGGAUGAGUUGCUUUUGGCCCUGCUAAGCAUUGCUCUUGGGGCCUCUGCCCAGGGUUUAGAUAGAUUGCAAGGGAAACCUCUUCUGUUAUCUGGGGUGAUGAAUGACAUAGGGCUAUCAAUAAGGUAUCUGAUGAGCGACGGGGCGCAUAGUUCUCUGCAACAGACCGGAGGAUUGACGUCUCUGGCUAAAAAGUCAUCUAUCUUAUCUCUUGCUAAUAGAUUGAUCCACCUCAACGACCUCGAGAGCUCAAAGAUUUGUUACUCAGAAGUCUACAAGGCACCUGUGGCCGCGCAGGGGGAGAUAGACAGCCUAAACGCAAAUCCACAACAGCUUUUGCAGCAAAAUGAGAGCGUUCAAUUCCUCAACGACGAGUAUAAGAAAAAGGGGGUUGCUGCAUGCCUGACUCUAGCUAAGAAGGGGACCGAUCCUCAGUUUCUAUACGUGGCCGCACGCAUGAUAGAAUCCGAGGCCAAAAGUAGAGAUGUGAAGUCGGAUAUACCUGGCAAAAUGAAGGACGAGCUUGAUCAGCAGACCUUGUGGCUAGAGGCAGCUAGACUUUACAAGCGGUGUAGCGCAUUCACACACGCCUUGGCCUGUGCACUCAAGUGUGAGGAUGAUGAGCUUAUUUACAACAUAGGUACUACCUCACAGAGUCAGAGACUCAGCCUAGUGGCUGCAACUUACUUUUCUAAUAAGUACAAGAGUGGACUGAUCACCAUUAGCGAAAAAGGAAGAGACAACGUCUCGGAGGACUUUUGUGAUGAGCUCCAGGCGACUAUAGAACACGCGCUGGUUCUAUACAAAUCUGCGGGGCUUGGAGCUCAAAGCCUGGAGCUCUGCAUUAAAAGUAACCGCAUGAAAGAACUCUCUAAUCUUUUAGCUGAUAUAUUAUCCGAGCCCUCAAAGUCUCUUGAUCGUGAGCUAGAUGAUGACGUGGUUCUCCAAGAACAGAGCACCACGACUCAGGGCACAGGUGAUGUACUUCAAGGGAUCAGUUCAGACUUACUGCUGCGUGCCGGUAGGGCGCUCUUGGACGUGUCUCCGGAAGACUAUUCGCUGAACGACUAUAACAGCUUUAUUCGCACAGCCGUUAUUGCUUUGGCAAAGGCUUCUGCAUACCAAGAUGCGCUACAGGCCAUACUAGAUGGCAAGAUCCAAAUCUCAGAGCGGAUAGCAGACAUUCUCACACCCGCUAGUAUAGAACACGAUGAAGAGGCGGUCAGAGUCACUGAGACGCUUGGGAAGCUCCUGCACAAAGCGGGCCUUUAUCAAUCAGCUGUCAAAAAGUUCAUUCUCGCUCAAAAUCACACGCUAGCCAUAAAUUCACUGAUAAAGCAAGGUGAUCCGAUGAAGGUGAUUAAGUUUGCAAACAUGGCGCGACAAAAGCAGGUCUAUAUUGCUGCGUCAAAUUUUCUUCAGACACUAGACUGGCGGUCCAAUCCAACCUACAUGAAGGCGAUUAUAAGUUUUUAUGAGAAAGCAAACUCUCUAGAGAAUAUCGCGAAGUUCUUUGCUAACUGUGCCGCGGAAGAAAUCUCAGAAUACCAUGAUUAUGUAAAGGCUAAGCAGGCGAUCAUCGAGGCCAUGAAUAGACAAAAGGUAGCAAUCGACUACGUUGAGCAAAACGCUUCUAGUAAAGAGAGCGAAAAGGUUGCAACAGCCAGGGCAGCCAAAGUAGCCUCUCUCAAGAAGACCCUCCAAGCAUAUGAGCAGAAUGGAAAGUUAAUACAUGCAUUUUUACAGCUGUGUGACUUUGCCCGAGACACGUCCCAAGCGCAUGAUAGUUCUGAAACGCUCACAACAAAUUCCUCAAAGCUUCUGACUGCAGUGCGGAAAAUGGAGAACUGCUAUGUUAAGCCAGGGGAUAUCAUGGGGCUGUUGGCUGAGUUCCACGGGGUCAGAGGAGAGAAAGCAAGAAUAGUUAGUAUUAUUAAGGAUAUGUGCAAUGAAGGCAUAGACCCCGAAAAUUACUUGGCCGCUGAUCUGUACGCCGCGCAUGCUGCUGAAGCAGGUCUCACUGUUGUCAAUAAAGCCCUCGAACUGGAAGAUAUAGACCUAACAGCCGAAAAGAGCGAUCACUAG